AUGGUCGGUGAAAGUGGAAUUCCUCAGCCGAAGAAUGAGGUAAAGAUUAAGAUAGGACUCAUCGGAGAUGCACAGGUAGGUAAAACUUCACUGAUGGUGAAAUACGUCCAAAAUGUGUUUGAUGAAGAAUAUACACAAACUUUAGGAGUGCACUAUUUGGAGAGAAAGAUCAAUUUGGGAUCCACGGAUGUGAUUUUUUCAAUUAUGGAUCUCGGUGGACAAAGGGAGUUUAUUAACAUGUUGCCUCUAGUGUCGAACAGGGCAGUAGCGAUAAUAUUUCUGUUUGACCUAACACGACCAGAAACUCUUACAUCGAUCCGGGAGUGGUUCAGACAGGCCAGAGGGUUUAAUGACACUGCGAUUCCGCUACUUGUGGGGACGAAAUAUGAUCUUUUCAUAAACCUGGAUGCCUCAUAUCAGGAAGAGAUAUCUAAAACCAGCAUGCGUUAUGCACAGGCGAUGGGAGCUCCACUGGUUUUUUGCUCUACUGCAUCUUCUAUUAAUGUACAAAAGAUUUUCAAGGUUAUCAUAGCCAAGGCCUUCCGAUUGACGCUGCGAAUUCCGGAAAUUAGGGAUAUCGGUGACCCUUUACUUAUUUACAAGUCGCUGGGUAACUCUGUUCCAAAGCGAGAUGCAGCAGGGACGGUUAUGGCGGCUUCAUCGGGUUAUAGCCCGACGUCGGCGACAGUCGAACAGGGACAGUAUCGUCAGUCGGAGCGCGCACAACACACGGCAUCUGAGCAAUAA